GUAGAUUUCAAUUCAAUUGGAUGGGGACAGUGGAUUAUUCACCCUAAAAAAUUCAAUGCUAGAUUUUGUUACGGUGAAUGUGCGUCACCAAUUGAUGUUAAAUACAAACCAACAAACCAUGCUAUGUUACAAACAUUAAUGAGAUCUAAACGAAAGAAUUCCGCACCACCCGCCUGUUGUGUUCCAACCAAACUCAAUCCUUUAAGUAUGUUGUAUUAUGAAUUUGAUGAAAUUGUUGUACGACAUCACGAAGAAAUGAUAGCCUCAGAAUGUGGUUGUAGAUAA